AUGCUGUCUUUGGAUAGUUCACACUGUUUCCCUGCUGUAUGGAAUGUCUUGCCCUUUCGGACCUGUGGAGCAUCACUUGCUGGCACUUCUCCUUGGAAUGGUGGGAGGGGGGAGAACACGGCACACGCUGCGAGAUUUUCUGCUGCCUUGUUGACCAGAGACCUUGACUGCCUUGUGCUCCCAUCCCUUCCAGAGGCUGACUUUAAAUUCUUGAUGCGCUUCAGGAAUUGCUUUUUCACAACUGGCUCUCCAACGCUGAAGACACCUUGUUCUGGCAGUGGUUGGUUCUGCUGUUUUGAUGGUGUUGCACCUGAUUUUUUGCUUUAUUAUUUAAAUGGCUUCUAA